CAUCAUCAUCAUAAUCUAAUCAAAAUCCAUCGUUACCUUUUCGCCGCUGUUGCAGAGAUUGUCUCUCUCUCUCUCUCUCUCUCUCAGAUGCACUGUGAGUCUUUCUUCCUCUUUUCUUUCUCGCCACUGACACAAAAGUCUAUUAUUAGUUCUUCUUUCUUCUUAUAUCAUGGUAUCCUCCUUCUCCUUUUGCCUCCCCGAUUUCGAGAACUCCCUCCCUCGUUUUUCAACUAUUCCUCUCUCCCUCCCUGCUUUCUACCUGAUCCGACGGCCAUCAUCGCCUUCUUCUCCAAUCUCACGUCUGGGGUCGGGGAUUCCUCACCAGCUUUUCUACGAUCAUUUAUAUAUGUAAGGAACUACAGGCGAGCAAUUUGAUCUUGUGACCUUAUUGAAAGGCUUUUGCAUGCUCGAAGUUGGCCAGUUGCCUUUCAUUUAAAAUUCCGUAAGUAAGUUGCAUCUGUACGUUGAACAUAUAUGGAGCCUAAUGGGCAUAGGAGAUCAGUAAGGAGAAAGGAUCAUCAUACACAGGAAAAUGGCGGUGUCAGUCCAAUGAGUGUUGGUGAAGAAUUUGAUCCAUGGACUGCAUGGGCAUACAAACCUCGUACUGUGUCCUUGCUACUUAUUGGUGCCUGUUUUCUUAUUUGGGCAAGCGGAGCCCUUGAUCCUGAAGGUGGUGCACUUGGUGAUCUUGUUACGUCUGUGAAAAGGGGUGUAUGGGCUAUGAUUGCAGUUUUUCUUGCUUACUGCUUGCUACAGGCUCCUUCUACGGUCCUAAUAAGGCCACAUCCUGCACUUUGGCGCCUAGUACAUGGAAUGGCUGUUGUGUACCUUGUCGCCCUCACAUUUUUGCUUUUUCAGAAGCGUGAUGAUUCUCGGCAAUUUAUGAAGUUUCUCCAUCCUGAUCUCGGUGUUGAACUUCCAGAAAGAUCAUAUGGUGCUGACUGCCGCAUAUAUUUACCUGAGAAUGCCACAAGCAGGUUUAAAAAUGUUUAUGAAACACUUUUCGAUGAAUUUGUGCUAGCUCAUAUUAUUGGAUGGUGGGGUAAAGCUAUAUUGAUUCGUAAUCAGCCCCUUCUGUGGGUGUUAUCAAUAGGAUUUGAGAUGAUGGAGUUUACAUUCCGCCACAUGUUGCCAAAUUUCAACGAGUGCUGGUGGGACAGUAUAAUUCUUGACGUUUUGAUCUGCAAUUGGUUUGGCAUCUGGGCAGGGAUGCAUACCGUCAGGUACUUCGAUGGAAAAACAUACAACUGGGUUGGCCUAAGCCGUCAGCCUAAUAUAAUUGAAAAAUUCAAGCGAACAUUAGGACAGUUUACCCCAGCACAGUGGGACAAAGAUGAGUGGCACCCUCUGCUUGGUCCAUGGCGGUUCAUUCAAGUUCUCACUCUUUGCGUUGUGUUUUUGACUGUGGAGUUGAACACAUUCUUUUUGAAGUUUUGUCUUUGGAUUCCUCCGCGGAACCCGGUGAUUGUGUAUAGGUUGAUCUUGUGGUGGGUAAUUGCAAUACCAACGAUUCGUGAAUACAAUUCGUAUCUUCAAGACCGAAAACCGGUGAAAAAAGUUGGAGCAUUUUGUUGGCUCUCACUUGCUAUCUGCAUUGUAGAGCUUCUCAUUUGCAUCAAGUUUGGUCAUGGAUUAUAUCCUAAUCCAAUGCCUUCAUGGUUGGCCAUUUUCUGGAUGUCUGUUGGAGGGGCCCUCCUCAUGUUCCUCCUUGUUUGGUCUUGGCAACUGCAUCAGAGUCUAGGUAGGAAGAGGCGAUGAUAUUGCUAUUGAGAUACAUUAUUCUUUGACUGCUUCCUUUCUUUGAGGAUAUGCAUCCAUUGCUGUAAAUAUCCAACACCUUCACAACUGUAAAUGCCAUUCUCUUAGGUUAGUGGAUCACUUGUUUGAGAAGAGAGAGUUUUUUCUUACAUUAUAGGUACUGGGAAAUGCUUCUAAUCCAAGGCUCCUGAGUUACUAGUGUGCUGCUGUAACAAACUCUUUUUUUUUUGUGUGUGUAUGUGGAGCCUUUAUGGACAUCCCAAGUUUUCGUGUUGUAGUUCAGUUUUUGUGUCAUUUGCAAUUGAAUGAUUUUUUUGUGACA